AUGGGCCUCGCAAAGGUCAAGCACAUCGUCCUGGUCCUCUCGGGCAAAGGAGGAGUAGGAAAAUCAUCAGUCACUACACAACUGGCUUUGUCGCUUGCAUCGGCCGGUCAUUCGGUUGGUAUUCUCGAUGUGGAUUUGACAGGCCCGUCAAUCCCACGUAUGCUCUCGAUUGAAGAGUCCAAGGUCACGCAGGUCCCAGGUGGUUGGGCUCCAGUGUUGGUACACGAAGGCGAUGAAUCCAAAGGAUUAGGCAGUCUGCAUGCGAUGAGUUUGGGUUUCCUCCUCCCGAAAAGAGGCGAUGCAGUUGUUUGGAGAGGACCGAAGAAGACCGCCAUGAUUCGGCAGUUCCUCAAAGAUGUACUCUGGGAUGAAACGGACUUUCUACUCAUCGACACACCACCCGGAACAAGCGACGAGCAUAUCUCCCUUGCCGAGACGCUCCAGAAAGAUGCAACACCAGGACAAGUCGCAGGCGCAGUAGUGGUUACAACACCCCAAGCGGUAGCGACAGCGGACGUGCGCAAGGAGCUCAACUUUUGCAAAAAGACAAAUAUCCGGGUUCUGGGAGUUGUGGAAAACAUGAGCGGUUACGUGUGCCCGCACUGUUCCGAAUGCACCGACAUCUUUGGAUCAGGAGGAGGAAAGUCCAUGGCCGAAGAGUUCAACGUUCCAUUCCUGGGGUCGGUGCCGAUGGACGCACAAUUUAUCGCGCUGCUUGAGGAAGGUCGGCGACCUACCUACCCGUCAGGUACAAUGGUCAACGGGAAGGAUAUUUCGUCCCCGGAGAGGACAGACGGUGAGGGAAGCUUGGUGGACAAGUACCGGGAUUGUUCGCUGUCUCAUGUUUUUAAAGAUAUCACAGACAAGGUCUUGAUUAACGUGGCCAGCUAA